AUGGAAAGCUGCGUGGAGCUGCGCGCCCUGCCCCUGGCCGAGGAGCCGCUCCAGAUGGGGGGCCUGAACAAGCGCCUGGAGGCCUACCUGGCCCGCGUGAAGUUCCUGGAGGAGGAGAACGAGGCGCUGAAGGCGCAGCUGCGGCCCCUGCGCGGCGGCCCGCCCGACGGCGCCUGGCGCGGCCAGUGCGAGGAGGAGCUGGCCGCCCUGCGCGCCGCCCUGGAGGAGGCCUGCAGCCAGAAGCACGCGGCCGAGCUGGCCCGCGCCGGCCUGCAGGACGAGGCCCGGCAGGUGCGCGGCAGGUGCCAGCGCGAGCGGGCGGCGCGCGAGGAGGCCCGCAGGCUGCUGGCCGCCGGCAGGCAGGCGCUGGAGGAGGAGAAGCGCGGCCACCUCUGGCUGCGGGAGAGAGCCGCCCAGCUGCAGACGGAGCUCCGCGCCCUGGCCGAGGCCCACGAGGAGGAGCGGGCGGCGCUGGCCCGCGAGGUGGCGGCCGGCGUCCCCCGCAGCCCGCAGAGCCUCCGCCGCGCGCCCCGGGCCGCCCGGCCGCUGGGGCUGGGGCUGGAGGCGGAGGCGGAGGACUACGGCCAGAGGCUGGCCGGCGCCUGGCGAGGGGCCGUGGAGACCUACCAGGCCGAGGUCUCGCAGCUGGAGGCCGCCUUGCGCCAGAGCGCCCAGAGCCUCGGGAAGGCCGCCGAGGGCAACCGGCAGGACCAGCUGCAGCUGCAGCGCCUGGAGAGGGACCUGGCCGGCCUCCGGGGGCGCAAGGAGGCCCUGGAGGAGCGCCUGGCCCAGCAGUGGCAGCACCAGCAAGGAGAGGCCGGGCAGCUGCAGCUGGCCGUUGAGGGGCUGGAGGAGGAGAAGCGGGCCCUGCGAGUCCAGAUCGCCCAAGUCUUGGAAGACCGGCAGCAGCUGAUGCACCUGAAAAUGUCCCUCAGCCUCGAGGUGGCCACGUACAGGACUCUUUUGGAGGCAGAGAGCACCAGGCUGCAGACGCCGGCAGAGCACAAACUGGCCGUCAGCCUCCAGGAUGGCAAAUGGGAAGCAAGUAGCCGCAUAUGCCAAGCAGCGUCUCUGGAACGAGAGCAUUUGGGAUCCCGAGACCCCAGGCCGAGCGCCAUGGCCUCCUUCAAGAGAGGUGCGGCACCUCAGCUGCCCAAGAACCCCAGUGGCCCCUGCAAGAGUGGAAGCCCCACGGUGCGAGAGUUCCAGGAAGCCAACACCGCCCUCCAGCCCCCGCCCCCAAAGGCUGUUGAGGGGGCGGAGGCCCCAGCUUUCAUUGGCCCAAGGGCUUUCAAGUUAGGCUCCUCCCUGCAGACGGAGGCGGUGGCGGCCACUGUUUCCCAGUCAUUCAUCCAUGAGUCGUCCCCACUUUUUGACUCCAUUAGACCCACAGUUCCAAACGGCCUGGGAGAGCCCGGCUCAAAUUCAGAGCAAAGUCACCUUACAGGAGAAGACGGGGGUGAAGUUUCAGCUGAAACGGAAGCAAAGGAAUUGGGGGAGAAGGAGGUGCUUUAUGCAGAAGAGGAGGAGGAGGAGGAGGAGGAGGAGAAGCAGCCGAGUGAAGAACCACCGUGGAAGGCUCCCGUGCACGACGUGCCUUAUCCCUCCCAGCUGGUCACAGAAGCCUUAGAAACUGCACUGCAGGACGUUCAAGGGGGAGGCGCUCGCUUUGAAGCUGGCUUGCUCGAUGCGGCUGAAGCCCCCAAUGGCAUUCCCUCUGAUGACUCUUCAUCCACGGAAGAGGACAAUGGGACGGCUGCUUCGAGCACAGCCGCGUUAGAGGAGGCCACACCGAAGCGGCACAAAAGCCAAAUGGAAGGCUGUCCCACAGAAGAUCUGCUGGAGGGCGUCAAGGGCUUUGAGGACUCGGGUGAGGCCAGCGCUUGCCAAGAAGUGCGUUCUGAGCAGCAAGAAGAGGCAGAGGUGUCGGCCUCUCCGGACACAGAGCCGUCCUCGCCACGAGAAACAGAAGUGCUAGAGGAAGAGGGAGAUCUUUCCACCCAGAGAAACACAGAGGAAUUUGUAUUUGACAUUCCAGUCGUUGAUGAAACUGACUGUUCCAACAAAACAAGAGCCCCCGAGGUGACUGAGGGGGGCGAUAAGCAGCUCCCAGAUUUCCAGAGCAUCGUUCAGAGGGGCGAGUUGGGAGAGGCUUCCAGGCACAUGGAAUCAGCAGCCCGUCUGGACAAAGAUGCCGCAGCCAUUUCCAAGGACCGCCAGGAGAGCUCAGGGCCUGGUGCAAGCUGUCCAGAAGACCACUCUGGGGCAGACUUGGAGGAGGCUGACGGAGGGGCAGAAGACCUGGAGGUGCUGAGCACAGAAGCCCUUCAUCUCUCUGAGGAUGAGGAAAGGGGAGCAUUUUCAAGCCCUUCCAGGGAGAGUGGAGAAUGCGAUUGCCAGGCAGAAAUGCUGGAAGGCGCCUCUCUGCAGACUGAAGAGUUUGCAACUGAAAUGUUGUCGCCAGGAAGCCACUCCGUUUAUUCUGCAGGAAGGCACCAGGGCUGUCCCUUUCUGGGGGCAGCGCAGGAGCCCUCUGAAGAGGAGACCCCACUUUACAAAACAGGCUCUGCCUUGCCAGAGGAAGAGGGAAACGAGAGGGACCCUGGAGGCCCCGAGGCCUCCGGUGCUGAAGAGGCUGUCUUGAGCGAGGGGCGCCCAACGCAGGCCUUGGCGAGUAAGCCCUGGGCCACGGAGCAGGCAGAUGCCGAGGAGGAGCAGGAGCCGCAGCCAGGUGACCCGGGCCACAGAGAUCUCCUUGAAGGAGAGGACGCUUUGGGCAAGGAAGACACAGUGGAGAAGAAAGAGCUCUUGGGCGGGGAAACGGCCCGCUUGCCAGAGGGGACCUGGGAACAAGCCCCUGCCCUUCGGCAGGAGGAGAAUGUGCAGACGGUUCCGUGGCAGGAAACUUCGGAAGGAGAGCAGAGAGGAGAGGCGUGCCAAGGAGCCCUGCCAGCGGAGGAGAAGGCGGAGGUAGGAGAGAUCCCCGUGGCAGCCCCCGAGAACGGAGUCCUGGAAAGAGAAGGCUUGAGAGCAGCCUCCGGAGCCAUAGAGGCUGAGGAGACUGAGACGGGGGCAGAGGAGGAGGAGGAGGAGAUGGCGGACUGUGUCCCAACGGGGGGCGAUUCGCAGGAGAAAGACAGUCCUGAGGCCCAACAGCUGUUCACGGCGGAUACUCCGCAGGCCGAAGAAGAGCAUCUUACUGCUGAGAGAGAAGAAGCUGACCCAAGCCCGCAUCCCCUGCCAUUCGGACAGAGCCUGCUGCGUGAAUCUGGCCCCGGAGCGCCGGAGGUUCCUUCGGAAGUGCCGGGCGAGACGGCCGGUGAGUGUGAAGCCGAGUCCCACCGUGGCCCACGGGACGUGGACGGCUCUUCAGAGAGUGACCGUCAGAGGCAAAGUGAUGAUUCAGGGUCGGAGGGUCCUCUUGAAUCCUUGGACGUUUCCCCAAACGCAUCCUGUGAAACAGAAAGGAUUGACAAGGAGCUGGGAAGCAGCAGGCAAGUCCAGCUGGAGGAGACUUUGCCUGACAGCACCCCCUUGCAUCUGUAUGAUGAGAAGAUGCCGGCUGUGACGGGGACGGGCCAGCUGCUUCCAGAGAGCCAAGAGGCAGCGGAGACGGCCUCUGCCAGCAAGGAGGGCUCUGCUCCCCUAGAGGCUGCGGCACAAGCAGCGGAGGGAGUGUGUCCAGGCGGUUCCCUGGCAGAGAAUGAUGAAGCUGAGGUUUGGGAGGGUGCCGAUGAGGAAAGCGACGACUACCUCGAACCGGCCCCCAAAGAGGAUGCCCCCGACUCAGAGGAGCCUCCUAUUUCAGAAGAGUUAGAAGAAACAAAGACGGGAACCUCGGAGCUCAGCAGAGAUGGUGAAGACCCUCCGUCAAGGGAAGCUGACGAGCCAAGCAGAGAGGAAUGUUUCCCCCCAGCGGAUGCAGAAUUUGACGAACAGCCUGGAGAAGUCCUGGAACAAGGAAGUGGUGCAAGAGAAGAGCCCGCACGUAGAGAAAUGCUCCAUGAGGGAAACGGCAGGACCGAUGUUGUGUGGGAGGCAGAGAGGGACAACGUCUUCCAAGCAGAGGAGCCUCAUCCCAGCUCCAUCCAGGAAGGGGUCCGUGGGGGGGACGACAGACCUUUCGAACUGAGUGGCCCCAAUAACACAGUGCCUGAGGGGCCCCAUAAGGUUUCUCCUCUGACCAGUGUUGCUGACCUGGGAGAAAUUGUGUUGGAAGAAGAACAGCCGCGUGAUGGCCAGAAGGACGGGGCGGCAUCUGAAGGGCUGGAGUACUAUGAGGACAAAAGUUUGCUGCGAGUCCGUGAAUCCCAGCUGAUCUCUGAUGGAGAAAACUGUGGAGGAGAAGAUCCCAGCCCCCAGGCAGACUUGUCUGAAAUCAGUUCCAGUGGUCAGGAUUUCACAGAUCCUCUACUAAACGCACAAGCAAGGCUUCCCAUAGACAACCUGAAAGACUCCGAGAUCCUGGAGAUUGUAGAACAAGCCCUGGAGUUUAACGAAGAGUUCAUCAAGGCUGCGGAGCAGACGGUGGAGGCCGAGCAGCCGGCAGCCCGUAGUGAUCCCCCCCCUCAUUUCCCAGAGGAAGAGAGUAAUGGCAGCUUUCUUGCAUUACCUGAUGAUGGCAGAUCCCAGGUUUUUGCAGAGACCCCAAAUGCCGCCUCCCCCAGUGCCAGAGACCCACCCGGAUCUGGUUGUCUGUGGGAUGAAGAAGACGGUCCUGGGCAGCAGCAGGAUUCUAGCCUGGCAGAUUUCAGCAGCGAGAUACUGAAUGGCCAGAGGGAGCGUGCGGUGGGCUCUUUCGGAGAAGAACUAGUGGAGGGACUUGCAGCCAGCCCGCACACCCACAGAGAGGGUCUGGGUGGCCCGUCCGCACUGGAGACCACGAACCAGAGUCCAGCCCAGACCCUGGCCAACGAAGAGGCCCCUGGAACUGGAGAGAUCAGUCCUGCAACCCACGAGAAUGUCCCACUGGAGCAAAGCGGGCAGGAGGGGCUGUGUGUUGGCAAGAGCUUAUUUGCUAACAUGGUGCAGUCUACUCACGUGAAAGGAAAGGAUGCAGAGACGGAGACAGUUUCCAUCCCGCCCCAGUUUGGAGAAGAAAUUCUCCGCUUGGAGUCCAGCCAACACUUGAAGUUCCGACCGGAAGAGGAAGAAGAAUUCUGGUCUCCAGAAGACCACUGAGAGUUCUGCUUGGGGCACAUCCUGGCUUCGUUUCUUUUAACCUCACUCUACCCUCCCCAACUUCCCUUCUAUUUGAAAUUUUAAAAUAGGCAGUCAUAUUGACAAUCAGAAACACCGUGUAGACAGAAUAUUUCCCUUUUCAAUACGUCCGUGCUAUGGUAGCCAUUGCAAAAAAAAAAAAUGGAUUAAACAGAGUGUUCAAGGAUAGUGCCUUGUGGGAAAGAGUCGGAUAGACAGCAUCCAGGGCUGGGGCUUGAUCUUUUCCUCCAGGCCACCCGUUCUUUGGCAGAAUCCAGGGCCUGCCUUCUGCAGCUGGCAGUGUUGGGGUGCAUGUGGGCAAAUCUGCCCAUUAGAGCCGUCAGAGCAUUUAGAAGAUAGAAGGGCACAGCUGGUGGCUUUUUUGUGGGUUGGCAAAACAAUGGCACGGCCUGUUUUGGGCCCAGCAGAACGGCUCCAGAGUUGCUUAAGUAUCAGGCGGCCUGGGGGGGCUAGACCAGUGCCCAAGGAGUCCUCCCCCAGGGGUCUUCUCUUCCUGCAUAUGGGGGGGGGGGGGUGUCUGUCCUGAUGCAGCCCUUUCCACGAGCCAGUGGCCUGCAGUAAAUGCAGGAGUGCCGUGUGCCCAUCCGGUUAUGGCCCCUGGAGGGGGAGUCCCAGGUAUCCCAGGGCAGACGAAAGAGCGAAGGAAAAGAGGCCCUGGUUCUCCACCAGGAAAGAAGGGGAAGCUGGAAAGCCGAGGGGAGGAGGGGAGGGCCUGGGGGGAGAGGGGUGGCCUGAGGCCUGGCAGGGG